CGGAGUCGCCGGGCGGGCGCAGCACGUGCACCUCCCUGGCGGCCGGCGGCCAGCGCUCUCGGACGCCCUCGGACGCCGUGUGCCGGCUGGUUUCACCUGCCCCGCGGCCCAGCGAACUCGCCUUUUCGAUGGCGUCCGGCUGGAGGCUGAUCCUAGGGGCGGUCGUCUCAUUAAGCGCCGCCGCCGCCGCCGCCGCCGCCAAGCGCCCGCAGUUCGAGUACACCAACCAUUUCGCCGUGGUGGUGCCGGGUGGCCGAGCCAAGGCCGAGUGGGCCGCGCAACAGCAUCACUGCUCAGUCAUCGACUCGAUAGGAGAUUUAACAGAUCAUUACCUCCUAGAAUGUCAUGGAGUUCAUAAGCGUUCAACUGAUCAUUCUCAUCAUCACGUUAGGAAACUCAGGAAUUCGCCAGACAUUGUCUGGGCCGACCAGCAAUAUUACAAGAAGCGGAAGAAGCGCGAUGGCCGCGGCUUCUUCCCCAGCAUCUUCCAGGGCUUCUCGGUGCCGUUCUCGUUCGGGCCGGGCUUUGGGUCGGAGCUGGGUGGCGAGAGCCCGCCCCUGCCCAGCACCCAGUCCUUCUGGUCUGACCCACUCUUCAAGGAACAGUGGUACCUGAACGGUGGCGCCAAGGACGGCAACGACAUGAACGUGCUGCCGGCCUGGCAGCAGGGCUACAGCGGUCGCGGCGUGGUGGUCUCGAUCCUGGACGACGGCAUCCAGCCCAACCAUCCGGACCUGGUGGACAAUUACGACCCGUGGGCGUCGUUGGACAUCAACGACAACGACGACGAUCCGACGCCGCGGGAUGACGGCACGAACCGGCACGGCACGCGCUGCGCCGGCGAGGUGGCCGCCGCCGCCGGCAACACCGUCUGCGGCGUCGGUGUGGCUCCCAACGCCAGCAUCGGAGGUGUGCGCAUGCUCGACGGCGGCGUGAACGACUACGUGGAGGCGAAGGCGCUCAGUUUCCGACGAAACCACAUCGACGUGUACAGUGCCUCCUGGGGACCCGAAGACGACGGCAAAACGGUGGACGGCCCCGGUCCUCUGGCGCGGCGGGCCUUCAUAGAGGGCGUGCUCAAGGGCAGGGAUGGUCGCGGCUCAAUCUUCGUGUGGGCCUCGGGUAAUGGCGGCCAGUACUUGGACAACUGCAACUGCGACGGCUAUACAAACAGCAUCUUCACGCUGUCCAUCUCUUCAGCCACGCAGGGCGGGAACAAGCCCUGGUACCUGGAGGAGUGCGCCUCCACGCUGGCGACCACCUACAGCUCGGGCACGCCGCUGCACGACAAGUCGAUGGCCACAUGCGACCAGGACGCCGCCCUGCGGCCGAAACAUAUCUGCACCGUGUCCCACACAGGCACCUCUGCUUCGGCUCCGCUGGCGGCCGGACUCUGCGCGCUCGCGCUCGAGGCCAACCCGUCGCUGAGCUGGCGCGACAUGCAGUACAUCGUGCUGAUGACCUCACGUCACGAGCCGCUGGACAAUGAGCCCGGCUGGAUGACCAACGGCGUCGGCCGCAAAGUGAGUCACCAAUUCGGCUACGGUCUUAUGGACGCCGGGGCUAUGGUGGACCUAGCUAAACGCUGGAAGUCUGUGCCCACACAGCACAUCUGCAUCACGCCUAUGGACGACACACCAAGGAUGAUCCCGAAUGAAUACGGCGGCCAGCUGCGCGUCUCCAUGCCCGUCACAGCGUGCAGCCAAACGCGCCAGGCCGUCAACUACCUGGAGCACGUGCAGUGCAAGGUGACACUGACGUACGUGCCGCGUGGGGACCUGCGCAUCCUGCUCACGUCACCGGCCGGCACGGUCACCACGCUUCUCUUCGAGCGGCCGCGAGACGUCACCGGCAGCAGCUUCGACCGCUGGCCCUUCAUGUCGGUGCACUUCUGGGGCGAGAACCCGCGCGGCGUCUGGAACCUCACCAUCAUCAACAGGCACAUGCGCAAGCCCAAGACCAAGGGCAUUCUCAAGGAGUGGCAGCUCAUCUUCUACGGCACCGAGCAGCAGCCGAUCCAGCUGCGUCCGCGUGACGCCCAGCAGUUCGGCUCUGCCUCGGAGCUGCGAUCGACCGGGGCGGUGCCGGAGGGCAGGUCACUGUCGACCGGCGAAUGCGACCGGCCCUGCCGAGCCGCCUGUCAUCAACAGCCGGAUGGCGCCGAUUGUCAGCACUGUCGGCGACACUACCAGAGCGCGUGCCUGCCCAAGUGUGAGCCGGGCGCGCACAUGGACGAUGCGGAGAACUGCCGGUCUUGCCACCCGACGUGCGCCGCCUGCUCGGGCGCCGGCCAGACCCAGUGCACAGCGUGCGCAGCCAGUCACGUGCUGGUGCGCGAGCUGGGCAUCUGCUCGGCUGACUGCCCCCAGGGCCACUUUCCGGAGGGCGGCGCGUGCGAGCCUUGCCGGCCUGACUGCGCCUCCUGCGAGGGCACCAGCAGCCGAUGUCUCAGCUGCGAGCCCCACCUCAUCCUGCACGACCGCCAGUGCUGGCUGUCCUGCCCCGAGGGCACUUAUGAAGCUAACCAAAGAUGUGAGCCGUGCUCGCCGGGCUGUGAAGAGUGCGUCGGUCCGGCCGAGGACGACUGCGUGCUGUGCCAACCGGGCCUGGCGGCCAAGCAGGGCCGCUGCGUGUCCGCCUGCUCCGACGACCUGCCGUGUCCGACCUAAGCCGUGUCCGGUCCGGGCCGCGUCCGCUGAGACAUGUCCGACGCGGCCGUGUCCGCGCGCCGAGUGGGGCCGGUGCGGGCCCCGACAGGAGGCGGCAGACCGCAACUUCCGCUCGCCUCGAUGUCGGAUGUGCGGCCGUGUGGGGACAGCGCGACAGUGCGCGCUUUGUCGCCGCGUGUCGGCCGGCCGUGGCGGGAGUCGCAGAGCGCCGAGUCGGCCGUGCCGUCUGUGUGGGCGCCAGACCAGCCAGGCCAUCGAUGUCUGCGUCGGUGGCCGAUGCCCGGCUUCGACCGCCGGUCGGCCGCACUGGGCCGCCGACGGGGGACGCACGCUGGUAGGGUCGCCAGGUAGGGCCGGGUUGGCGUGCGCCGCCAGUAACAGGUGGCGAUAAAGGACCACUAGCGGCGGGGCUGCAGGAACGGCUUUGGCCACGGACUGAGAGGGACCGCCCACUUAUGACGGAGCAGCUCGUGAGGAGGCUGCAGCUCGUGCGGCCUGGAGGUCUGCAAGGGCUGAACGAUGCCCGGGUCUCCUCUAGCGUUCAGAACAUCGUUGUUGAGGGAGGCCGGCGACGUCUGGAUUAACCAGCGCCGCGCCCUGCGACUGAGCUGAGUAUCAAGGGCUUUUGGCAGCGACGCCAGCUUAAGUCCCUCGGCACCAAAGUCGACCCUUUUCAGACGGCGGCUGCGUGGGGAGAUGAAGUGAACGAAGGAUCAGUGACUCAGUCCGCAUAAAUAUUUCUCGAACAUAAUCGUCAUUGCGACCUGAGUGUGAGUGCUAGAUGCUUGUUUGCUCUGGUCGACCAUCAAGUCAACAUCCGGGCACAAAUUGUGAAGCAGCAUGGCGUCAGUCUGUUUCGCUGUUGGCCGUUUCCGCGGGAUUGCAUAGUUGAACAGUGCCAUCGCGCCUUCGUCGCGUUUCAUAUUUCUCCGCUUGGCCGAGCUUUGGCAGCCUCAUCUCUCAGAUUGUUGCUCCGUCACUGGAGUAAGACAGACUUGCUUCACGAAGCCCAUACCGUAUUACUGCGCGCUCGCCUCCCCCCUCCCCCGAAAUGCCUGGACGCACCGCAUCUUCCUUUCACCGUAUUUCGUCAUGUUUACGUCUCCUUCUCGUUAUUCGGACGCCGCUUCUCCCGGUGUGAUGUGCGAUCAAGUGAUUGGUGCCCGGACAUAGUGUAAUGUUUUUUUUUUUGUGUACCGGAUGCUCAUAAAAAAACUGUUUGACGUUUGCGCUGUCUGAAAGGAGGCUAGCCGUGCAAUCUGUUACAGCCGUGCCAACUACCAUCAUCGGCCAACGUGGGCGAUGAUUGGCCUGCAUCAGAAUGCCUGAACGUCUGCCAAAUACCUCUGAACCAUGUCAGGUAUCUGAUGGAUGUUUCUUUUUUGCACCACCAGCUCUGGACAUGUCAGCAAGAUCUCCCCGACCAUUUGUGCAUUUGUCACUAACCAUGGUGAGGAGCUUUAUUGAAGCCGCUUCUGUAAAGCGACCACGGGACAGUAGUCCAGCGGUCAACAGUACUUGAUGACAACUCAUUUCUUCAACAUUUUGGAUACAUUCCAAUAGCGCAAGACGGAAGGGUUACUUUUAUUGUAAGACAAAGACUUCGCAUGCAGAACUGUUAAAUUUCUCAAUAAUAUAACAACUUUGGUUUUGGUGAAUUAUUCUUCACAUGUAUUGACGCGGCUGACAUCUGGCGGACCUCAUCCUCUCACGACCAGGCGUGCUCGCAAUUUUUCCGCUAUGCAUCACGAUGCUCACUCAUUAGGCCUCGCAGAAAAGGUAAUCAUCUGACAUGAUGCUCAACUCCUGUUCAAUUAUAAAUGGCAGACCUUCUCUGAGGCAUCUUUGACAGCCAUGUAGUCUUGAGUUCAGUCGCAAACUC